AAGAAUGAGGCAAGUGAAGAACCUUUGAGUCACUCAAAGACUAAAAAUACUUUUUUAAUAAAAAGAGGAGCCAAUACAUCUACAGUCUGCACUCAGUGUGGAAAGAGUUUCACAACCAAAUAUAGUCUUGAUGUUCACAUGAGGAUCCACACUGGAGAGAAGCCGUUCACAUGUGAUCAGUGUGGGAAGAGAUUCACAAACAAAGUCUUGAGAUUCACAUGAGGAUUCACACUGGAGAGAAGCCGUUCACUUGUGAUCAGUGUUGCAAAACAUUUCUUAGGUUAUCAAGUCUGAAGGCACACCUGACAGUUCAUAUGAAGGAGAAGCCACAUUCAUGUUCUGUGUGUGGAAAGAGUUUUUCACUGCUGGGAAAUUUACAGAAACAUGAGAAAAUACACACUGGUGUGAGAGAGUACAUGUGCUUUGAGUGUGAGAAGACUUUUACUACAGCUGAACAUUUAAAACGUCACCAGAGAAUUCACACUGGAGAAAAACCUUACAAGUGUUCACACUGUGACAAGAGAUUCAGUCAGUCAUCAGAUCUGAAAAAACAUGAGAGGAUCCACACUGGAGAAAAACCUCACAAGUGUUCACACUGUGACAAGAGUUUCAGUCUGUCAUCAUCUCUGAAAACACAUGAGAGGAUCCACACUGGAGAGAAACCUUACAAGUGUUCACUCUGCGACAAGAGAUUCAGUUUGUCAUCAAAUCUGAAAAAACAUGAGAGGAUCCACAGCAGAGUGUGAAACUCUUUUCACAAUCUUUCCAGUGUGGAAAGAGAUUCACUAUUAAAUGUAACCUGAAGCGACACAUGAAGAUCCAUGCAGUGGAGAAUCUGCAUCACCACAGUCUGAAAUCACGAUAAGUUAUUCAUCUUUAGUAGCAACAAAGUCUCUUCUGUGUGAGUUAGUCAGUCAGAUCUCUCCUCUCCACCUAUAGCCCCUGAUGUGACUGUAAAGCACUUUGUGUGUUCAGUAGAGCUUCUGAGUUCUAGAGCUAUUGUACCGCCAAAACAAUAUUUGUUGCAUUAAUUUCCUGUGAACCUGCUUUGUAUUGUAAAGGAUUACAUUAUUGACCUCUCAGUACCAUGUUUCUUGGGAAUAUCCCGGACGAGCCCCCAAAACCUGCUUUGUAUUUUUCUGCUAUUGUAAAAUGUACUAUAUAAAUAAAGGU